AUGCUUUAUUUAAGUUUGAAUGGCGUUAUGAUUUAUAUUUACAGAGUACACUUUAUUAUUUACAUGAAUAUGAGCCACACAAAGGUUGUAUUACGUAUGCAUUACAUUAUUUACGUAGCCGAAGUCGAAGUCGAAGUCGAAAGUUAUAAAAAUCGUCAGACUUAUUACACACUCAUCCUAUUCAAGUCAUUAGAGCACAGUAGCAUCAAUCCACAAAUCAAACUUUGUGACAAGAAAACCUCACCACAGUACCAAAGGCGCUUAUUCCAGAGUGAGGUGACACGAAAAAUCAGGUCUUUGAUCAACACACCAAAUUAA